AUGGCUUGCCGGGCGAGUGCCAUACUGCCUCUCUCGCUUGUCCUCGCUGCCCUGGGUUCUCUCUGCAAUGCCACGCCCGUAAAUUCAAGAGACAACGUACCGGCGGGCUACUAUGCCGCCCCGUACUACCCGGCGCCGCAUGGCGGCUGGCUAGCGUCGUGGAGCGAGAGCUACGCCAAGGCACAGCAGCUCGUGUCGCGCAUGACGCUGGCCGAGAAAACAAACAUCACGGGGGGAUGUGGCAUCUAUAUGGGUACGCCUUGCGUGGGAAACACAGGCAGUGCGAAUCGCGUCGGGUUCCCCCAGCUGUGCCUUCAAGACUCGGCCCUCGGCGUCGCGGCCACGGACAACGUCACGGCGUUCCCGGCAGGCAUCACCACAGGGGCGACCUGGGACAAGAACCUGAUAUACGCCCGCGGAGUUGCUCUGGGCCGUGAGUUCCGCGGCAAGGGCGCCAAUGUCUAUCUCGGACCGACCGUUGGCCCCCUCGGCCGGAAGCCGCUAGGAGGGCGCAACUGGGAGGGCUUCGGCUCCGAUCCCGUCCUCCAGGCCGUUGCCGCUGCAAUGACGAUCAAAGGAGUCCAGGAACAGGGUGUUAUCGCCACCAUCAAGCACCUGGUGGGGAAUGAGCAGGAGAUGUACCGCAUGUACAACCCCCUCAAGCCUGGCUACAGCGCAAAUAUUGACGACCGCACCCUCCACGAGAUAUAUCUCUGGCCAUUUGCCGAAGGCAUCCAUGCCGGGGUUGGCUCUGUCAUGACCGCCUACAACGCCGUCAACGGCUCGGCGUGUUCGCAGCACAGCUACCUGAUAAACGGUAUUCUCAAAGACGAGCUCGGAUUUCAAGGAUUCGUCAUGUCCGACUGGCUGUCGCACAUCUCGGGCGUCGACUCGGCCCUGGCGGGGCUCGACAUGGACAUGCCGGGCGACACAAACGUGCCUCUGUUUGGCUAUAGCGAAUGGAAGUACGAGCUGACGAGAUCGGUCCUAAACGGCUCCGUGCCGCUGGACAGGCUCAACGAUAUGGCGACUAGGAUUGUGGCGGCCUGGUACCAAACCGGCCAGGAUAAGGACUUUCCGCCUCCAAACUUCUCGUCCAACACCAAGGAUCGCGACAGUCUCCUGUAUCCAGCUGCCCUGUUCUCCCCCAAGGGCCAGGUCAACUGGUUCGUCAACGUCCAGGCAGACCACUACAAGGUGGCCCGCCAGGUGGCGCAGGAUGCCAUCACCUUGCUCAAGAACAACGGCAGCCUCCUUCCCCUGUCUACCUCGCGCCCGCUCAAGAUAUUUGGCACCGACGCUCAAGUUAACUCCGACGGACCGAACGCAUGCCUCAACCGAGCUUGCGACAAGGGCACCCUGGGCAUGGGCUGGGGAUCUGGCAUCGCAGACUAUCCCUACUUCGACGACCCCAUCACGGCCAUACGCAGGCGCACGAGCGGCGUGACCUUUUACAACUCUGACGUCUUCCCUGCCGUCCCCACGCCUACGGCCGACGAUGUUGCCAUUGUGUUCAUCAACUCGGAUGCGGGCGAGAACAGCUUCACGGUCGAAGGCAACCACGGCGACCGUGACAGCGCCAAACUUGCCGCGUGGCAUCGCGGCGAUGCCCUGGUCAAGAAGGCCGCGGCCAAAUACAGCGACGUCGUGGUCGUCGUGCACACGGUUGGCCCGCUCGCCCUCGAGCCGUGGAUCGACCUGCCGUCGGUCAAGGCCGUCCUGUUUGCCCACCUCCCCGGCCAAGAGGCCGGCGAGUCCCUGACCAACGUGCUCUUCGGCGACGUAUCGCCCAGCGGGCACCUGCCCUACUCCAUCACCAAGGCGUCGACGGACCUGCCCAACAGCGUGGCCAACCUGAAGGGCUACGCCGUCGGCCAGGUCCAGGACACGUACAGCGAGGGCCUCUACAUCGACUACCGGUACCUCAACAAGAUGGGCAUCAAGCCGCGCUUCGCCUUUGGCCACGGGCUCAGCUACACCACCUUCAGCUUCUCCAACGCCUCCAUCGCAUCCGUCACACCACUGACCCUCGUCCCGCCGCCGCGGUCCCCCAAGGGCCCCACUCCCAGCUUCUCCUCCGCCAUCCCGCCCGCCGCCGAGGCCUACUACCCGGCUGGCUUCAACCGCAUCUGGCGCUACAUCUACUCGUACCUGCCGCCCGACGACGCGAACGCAGCGUUUGCCGUCGGCGCCGCCGGCAUCAAGCAGUACGCCUACCCAAGCGGCUACAGCACCACCCAAACAGCCGGCCCCGCCGCCGGCGGCGACCUCGGCGGCAACGCCGCGCUGUGGGACGUGGCGUGGACGGUGACGCUCACCAUAAACAACGCCGGCACGCAGUUCCCCGGCAGGGCCGUCGCGCAGGCCUACCUGCAGUACCCGGCGGGGAUCCCCUACGACACGCCCGUCGUGCAGCUGCGCGACUUUGCCAAGACGGACGCCCUGGCGCCGGGCGAAGCUGCAACCGUCACGCUGCAGCUCACGCGCAAGGACGUCAGUGUCUGGGACGUCGAGGCGCAGAACUGGGUCGUCCCUGGUGUCGGUGGUAAGAGGUAUAUCAUCUGGCUCGGAGAGGCUAGCGAUGCUUUGUUCACGGCGUGCUAUACUGAUACGCUGACUUGCGAGUCGGGGCUGAAGAGUCCCGUGUAG